AUGCGUGGUCUUUGGUUUUGCUGGCGUCACCGCGCUGGCGAGCAUUGUGACUGGUCACAGCGGAGCGGUGCUUAUUCGGCCGGGAUGGUUGAAGAAAACACGUCUACCACCGAAACCAAUAAGGUGAAUAACUUAGCUUGGGCGCCCUUUGGAUAUUGGGCGCACAUGAGUUGCCUAGUUUUGCGCACUCAGAUCUGGACUGAGUUCCUGGACUACGACCCAGACUCUGCUUGUGGGCGUCGGACCACCUCAACCUUGCUCGGCAAGGCCCUGUCCAAAGCGCUUGUGGUGGUUCUUUUAGCCAUGGAAGGUCUUGUUACCUGGUACUUCUUCGAGGACUUCUUAAUGAGGCUCUUCAGCAUUUCAGGCAUGGUGGCCUUCGUGGCGCUUGAGGUCCUUCGGGGCACAGACGACAAGGAUGUUUGUAGGCAGAUCUGUCCUUGGCCCGGUCCCAUGGUGGAUGCAGACUUUCCGCGCCGCGCCUUCAUCCAAACCUUUGAUGAUGUGCCACGAGACUAUCAGCCGGUGGUGGCUGAGCUGAAACGACGUGGUGUGGAGAUCCAGCUGAGGACCACUGAGAGUGUGUUAGCCAAGCCAUUGCCCUUGACAACGAUGGACCUGGUGGUGGGCGACUUUGACUGGACCAAAAUGGCGUUAAAACAGUUGGCUUGUGCCAUGCCAGCGCCUCCGGACUAUCCCAAGUGCUUGGAACACUUGCUCCAUCGCAAGAUCUGGUCCUCAACCCUCGGGGAAGUACGUGACCUUUUGACGGCACAGUCCCUUGGGCAGGUCUUUAUCAAACCCAAGGUGGACACCAAAGCUUUCUCAGCCAUCAUCGAACCGAAGGAUCAGAUGUUGAACACGCUGCUGGAUGGAAUCCCUGGCGUGUUGGAUCCCUUAGCUCCUGACAUGGCGGUGCAUUGCGCGGAGGUGGUGGACUUCAUCUCGGAGUAUCGCGUCUACGUGGUGGAUGGAGAGAUCCGUGCCAUUUGCCACUACAAGGGCCCUGAGGAUGAUUUCCUUGAUGAAUCUGUGAUCAAGGAGGCUGUGAGCACCCUGUGCAACAGCGAAGAGGGUCGAGACUUGACCGGCAUGGGCAUGGACUUUGCGGUCCUGAAGCAGCCGGACGGUCAGAUCUUGACCUGCUUGGUGGAGGUGAACGAUGGCUAUUCCCUGGGACUUUACCCUGGCCUCUCGGGCAAGGACUACACGGACCUCUUGAUUUCCAGGUGGCGGCGUUUGGUGGCUUAGUUGUUGCAGAAUAUCGUUGUGGAAAAGGACUCUGAACCACUGGUGCCUGGGGUUCGAAGCCGUGGCCCGCAGAUCCAAUCAGAAGCCGAUGCAAUGAGCCAGUGAACAUCAAAAUGGAGGACGGCACGGAGCAGUGAAGGUUCACAGCCGGGCGUUGCUGAGGAUUUCUGGUGCCAACAGAGUUUCACCAAGUGGAGCCGAGAAAAAGUGGCUGGGCCUUUCCUGCUUCUUGCUAAGGGCGAG